AGUCUUUGAUCGUACAUGGGACCGAAAGAAAAUAAUUUAAUGCUCUUAAAGUUAAGAAGAAGAGUGUGUGACAUUGUUGUGAAAUAGAAAUAAAAACAAAAGAAAAUUAUGUUUAAAAUUUAUUUCUUUAAAUAUUUUUAACUAUAUUGCAAAAAUUUUAACUUAAGCUAAAUACUGUUUUGCACAUUUUUCUGGAUAUGGAUGCUUGUACUUUGUGUUUAGAAUUAGAUAUAACACUAUCUAGUUUUGGUAACUCAGAUGCAUCUAAACACCUUCAAGACAUAUUGGCAAGUCACGGCUUUGAGAUUAAUUAUGAAAGCUUGAAAUCUUUAGAUAGAUCUAAUUUAAAUCUGAAUUUGAAUCUGAGUUCCCACAAUAUACUAAAUUAUUAUUAUGGUGAUAAAAUUGUUGGAAAUGACAAAUUUAAAUGUAAAAGUAACCCAGAAACUGAAAUCAGUGUGGCUGACUUGCAAAAAUUCAAACGGGAAUCAAAAAUAUACUAUGAAUUCGAAAUUAACAAAACUAAAGAUAUCAAAGAAGAAUCCCACAGUGAUAAUGAGAUAGAAAACGUCCAAGAAGAUAAUAAAUUCGAUGUUGUUUUGCCACAAAAACAAACAAAGUCCAAAGCUAAAAGGUGUGCUUUUAAGUCAAUGCCAGUGCAACUUAUGCCUACUAAGUUAAGAUCUAAACGAAUAAUGGCUCCUUAUAUUUCAUUGUCUUAUAAUAAAAAGCCUAAAGAUGAAUUUGUAAAUAAAAACGACUCUACUACAAAAAGGAGGAAAUCAGAUGAGGAUUACAUUCCAACGGAAACAGAUACUGAGAGUGAAGAGAGUUCAGAUACAGAGAUAUAUUACGAUGAUAAUGGAAAACGCAUGAAGAAAGAAGACAAUCGAAAAUAUCCCAUGGAAUGUCUAGAGUGUAACGCUGAAAUUGAAUCUGCGUUAGAUCAUUGGCAACAUUAUUUACGUUUUCAUAGAGGCAAGAAGUAUCCAUAUAGUAAAGAACAUGUAUUUGUGUGUAAAUAUUGUGGGGUAACUAAAACGAGUGAAAGUCAUCUGAAAAACCACGAGGCUACACACGGUCAAAGAAAUAUACAAUGUGACAAAUGCGAUAAAAAAUUCUUCAACAGAAUACGCCUCAAAAGACAUCAAAUCACCCACAGCAAAGAUUAUACAUACAUAUGCGAUUACUGUAAAAAGGGCUUUCAUUUCCGGUCCGACUUGAUGCUACACAUAAGGAUCCACACCGGAGAGAAACCGUUCAAAUGCCACAUAUGUGGCGCCGCCUUUGCUCAUAAAGGAAAUGUUGGCAUCCACAUUCGCACCAACCAUCAGAACGACAAACAGAAAUCGAAGAAAAAAAUAAAAAAUAACAGUAUUAAGAAAAAGGCCAACAGGAAGAAGAAGCAAAAGGAUCUCAACUAACUUCAAUCGAUUAUUACACUUUUUUAUAUACCUGCCCACGUAGCAUGCGGUCUCGAAAGCUCACAGCUCAAUGACACUUUCUCCGAGUACGAUAUCUCACUCUCGAGCAGAGAAAACAGUGACAUUUGCGUACAGGACCCGCAUGUGAUUUUUUUUUUAAUUUUAUUCAGAUAAGGAAUGUCAAAUGUUUUUUUUAACUUUAUCGUCUAA